UCAUCCAGGAUGAUCUGGCUCCAGGUGAUGCCUUCAUAUAUGUUGGCUGGGCUCGGCAUGGUGAUGGCUGGCAUGCUCCUGGACCAUGUGCAGCACUGGGUGGUGUUUCAAGAAAUUUCCGAGGUUUUUAUCUUGGUUCCAGCCCUGGUGGGACUGAAGGGGAAUUUGGAGAUGACAUUGGCAUCCAGACUGUCAACAGCAGCCAACACAGGGCAGCUGGAGGAGCCUCAGCAGCAGCGGAGGAUAGUUCUCUGUAAUUUAGCUCUCAUCCAGGUCCAGGCCACUAUUGUCGGCUUCCUGGCUGCGGUGGCAGCGGUGAGUCUCAGUGGUCUGAGCAGAGGUAGUGUGGAUGUUGUCCACACUGCAAUCCUGUGUGCCAGCAGUAUUACCACUGCCUUUAUUGCUGCACUAUCUCUAGGCCUCGUUAUGGUGGCUGUGAUCAUUGGCUCCAGGAGAAUGGGUGUCAACCCAGAUAACAUUGCCACACCCAUUGCUGCCAGCUUGGGUGACAUCAUCACUCUGUCUUUGCUUGCUGGGGUCAGCAGUUUUUUCCUCUACUGCAAAGACAUGUGGUACCUGCCCAUUGCGGUGUGUGCCCUUUUCCUUCUUCUUGCUCCACUAUGGGCCCUCAUCGCCUGUCAGUCUCCACCAAUCAGAGAGAUCCUGAAGUCAGGCUGGCAGCCAGUAAUUUUGUCCAUGUCUGUCAGCAGCAUUGGUGGUCUCAUUCUAGAUAAGACAGUGAGCAAUCCAAACUUUGAAGGUAUGGCAGUUUUCACCCCAAUCAUCAAUGGUGUUGGAGGAAAUCUUGUAGCCAUCCAGGCCAGCAGGAUGUCCACUUACCUUCACUAUAGGAGCGUUCCUGGAGCUAUGCCAAUCAAAAUCACCACGAGCUGUUCUGGACCCUAUGCUACGUUCUGCUCCUCAGAUGUGAAUUCCAAAUCAGCUAGAGUCCUGGUCAUCCUUGUAGUACCAGGUCACCUUCUCUUCCUAUACAUGAUUCAUCUUCUGCAAGCAGGGCACACAGUCAUGACAGCUGCUUUCAUCGUUUGUUACCUGUCGGCCGCGCUGCUUCAGGUGGUGAUUCUCCUCUAUGUAGCCAACGUGAUGGUGAGCUGGCUGUGGCAGAGGGGCUUGGACCCAGACAAUUUCUCUAUCCCUUACCUGACAGCACUGGGUGACCUGCUGGGAACGGGUGUUGUAGCGUUGUGUGAAUUUGUUGCGGUACGCAGACACAAGCCGCUCAAAUGGUUCACGUACAAACAUAAACUUCAAAGGGUCUCGCUGGGGUCCGGCGGCACCCGUCAGAACCAUGAGUACUCGCUUCCAGUUGGUGCAGGCUACUUUGGGUACGUAGCAGUACAGCAAUCCAUGCUGGUCAUCCACGAUAACAUGCUUAAGGUCCUCUGGGAUAAGAACUCUACGUUUUCGGGUAUAGGUACGGCAGGCUUCUUCUAA